CGUCCUGAUGACGCUGGCUUGACGUCAGAGAAGUUUAAUCGGAGUGCUCCUCACGCUGCAGAUCAUUGUUGCACCGACUCUUCACGAAGAUGGCCGGACGGGACCGAGUGGUUCACCUGCUCAGACAGCUGGAGCGCGCGGCGUGUAGAUGUCCUGCUCACUCCAACACCUUCCACCAAGGUUCAGGCUCUGUGAUCUGCACCGUCAGGAAGACGGACUACGCCUUCGAGAUGGCGAGCUCUAACAUCCGAUACGGAGAGGGAGUCAGCAGAGAGAUCGGCAUGGACCUGCAGAACCUCGGAGCUCGGAACGUCUGCCUCAUGACGGACAAGAACCUGUCCCUCCUCCCCCCGGUGAAGGCCGUCCUCGAGUCUCUGGCCAAGAACGGAGUCAAUUACAAAGUCUACGACAACGUCCGCGUGGAGCCCACCGACACCAGUUUCAAAGAGGCCAUCGCGUUUGCCAAAAACAACUCUUUCGACGUGUUUGUGGCGGUGGGCGGCGGCUCUGUGAUCGACACCUGCAAGGCCGCCAAUCUGUACGCGUGUCACCCCGACGCCGACUUCCUGGACUUCGUCAACGCUCCGAUCGGGAAGGGGAAGCCGAUCACCGGAGCCCUGAAGCCGCUCAUCGCAGUUCCAACAACAGCAGGGACCGGCAGCGAGACCACCGGGGUCGCCAUCUUCGACUACGAGCCUCUGAAAGCCAAAACAGGUAUCGCCAGCAGAGCCAUCAGACCCACACUGGGCAUCGUGGACCCGAUACACACACUGAGCAUGCCCGAGAGAGUCGCCGCCAACAGCGGCUUCGACGUGCUCUGUCACGCUCUGGAGUCGUACACCGCCCUGCCUUACAACCAGAGGAGCCCCUGCCCCCCCAACCCCAUCAACCGCCCCGCCUACCAGGGCAGCAACCCCAUCAGCGACGUCUGGUCCCGCCACGCCCUCAAUGUCCUCGCCAAGUACAUGAAACGAGCGGUGCGGGACCCUGAGGACCUAGAGGCCCGGUCCAGCAUGCACCUGGCCAGUGUGUUUGCUGGGAUUGGUUUUGGAAACGCUGGAGUUCAUCUGUGUCACGGGAUGUCCUAUCCGAUCGCUGGCAACGUGAAGACUCACUCAGCGAAGGGUUACAGCGUGGACCACGCCCUGGUGCCUCAUGGUCUCUCAGUCGUCCUCACGUCCCCAGCCGUCUUCAACUUCACAGCUCCAAUGUGUCCAGAGCGCCACCUGGAGGCUGCAGAGAUCCUUGGUGCAGACAUCAGUCAGGUGAAGCGGGAGGAUGCAGGUCCUGUUCUUGCAGACACGCUGCGUCAGUUCCUGUACGACCUGAAGGUGGAGGACGGACUCGCUGCUGUGGGCUAUAAUAAAGACGACAUCCCGGAUCUGGUGAAAGGAACCAUCCCUCAGGAGCGAGUGACCAAACUGUCCCCCAGAGAACACACCGAGGAGGACCUGAGCCUCCUGUUUGAAGCCUCUAUGAAGCUGUACUGACCACACACACACACACACACACACUCACACACACUCACACUGUGUCUUUAAACUGAUCUCCUGUCUGCUUUGUGUUGCACUGCAGUUCCUCUAACAAUCACUAGAUGGAGCUGUUUCUCCUCUGACAGACUCACCUGUACCUCAUUUUAUAUAAAGAAUGUUUCAAUCAAA